GCCUGUGCAGCACAGAGACAGAUGUUCCAGAGGAGGAAGGCUUCGGUGCUGAGGCGUGGCUCCGUAAGUUCGGCUACCUGUCCCAGGCCAGCGGACAGAUGUCCACCAUGCAGUCGGCUCAGAUUCUGUCCAAAGCCAUCAGCGACAUGCAGCGCUUCUACGGACUGGAGGUGACCGGCGAGAUGGACCCCGGCACUGUAGCAGCCAUGCGCAGACCACGUUGCGGCCUUCCCGACAGAAACCCCGAGCGGGCGGUUGACGGUGCGAGAAAGAAGCGCUACACACUCACCGGGCAGCAGUGGAACAAAGACCACCUCACUUACAGCAUAGUGAAGCAGCUCAUCCCCCCCUCGCUGGGAGAGGACCUGACGAACGAAGCGCUCACUAAGGCCUUGGCCGUGUGGAGGCGUGUCACCCCCCUCACCUUCGAGGAGCUGCCGAUGGAAAACGACAUCAGGAUCAAUGGCAGCCGGACGGAGCUCGCCGACAUCCUGCUGCUGUUCGCCUCUGGUUUCCACGGCGACAUGUCCCUGUUUGACGGCGAGGGGGGUUCACUGGCACACGCCUACUACCCCGGACCAGGAAUUGGUGGGGACAUACAUUUUGAUGCAGACGAGCCCUGGACACUUGAAAACCACAAUCCAGACGGUAUUGACCUCUUCCUGGUUGCCGUCCAUGAGCUCGGUCAUGCUCUGGGCCUGGAGCACUCCGAUAACCCCAGUGCCAUCAUGGCUCCUUUUUACCAGUACAUUCACACGGACAACUUCACGCUGCACGAGGACGACGUCCGAGGAAUACAGCACAUAUACGGUCCUCCUCUCUCCACUGGUGCCCCGCCCACUUCUCCUCACAUCCCGACCUCCACUUCCCCUCCUGAAGAUGCUCCCACUCCCGCUCCCCCCACCGAUCCCACACCUGAACCCCCCAACCCGACCCAGGAUCCCCCGGCCCGCCCGGAGCCGACCCCUACCUCAACUCCCGUCCUCCCAACCACAACCUCUACCGUCUCAGCGCGUCAACCAGAACCUGUCACCCCACCGGUGAGAAAGGAUGACCCUCCUCGGCCCCCUGCUCCUCCUCCUCGGCCCCCUGCUCCUCCUCGGCCUCCCAAGCAGCCUGACAACCAGGCCCCGGACAUCUGCGAUGGGGACUUCGACACGGUGACCAUGCUGAGAGGAGAGAUGUUUGUUUUCAAGGGUCGUUGGUUCUGGCGGGUGCGGAGGAACCGGGUCUUGGAUAACUACCCCAUGCCCAUAUCGGUCUUCUGGGUCGGCCUUCCCACUGACAUCGACGCCGCCUAUGAACGCCACGACGGCAAAUUUGUCUUCUUUAAAGAUGACAGAUACUGGGUGUUCAGGGAGGCUGAUGUGCUGCCAGGAUACCCGCAGCCCAUACACGAGUACGGACAAGGAGUUCCACACAAUAUAGACACAGCAAUCUGGUGGGAGCCCAACGGAUACACAUACUUCUUCUCAGGAGACAGAUACUGGCGAUACAGUGAGGAGACCCGGACCACAGACCGUGACUUCCCCAAGCCAAUCAGCAGAUGGGGCCGGAUUCCUCCCUCCCCCAAAGGAGCCUUUCUCAGUGACGACGGUGCUUUCACCUAUUUCUACAAGGGCAGCAAUUACUGGAGGUUUGACAACCACAAGACGGAAGCAGAGAAGGGCUUCCCUCGCUCCAUCCUGAAGGACUUCAUGGGCUGCACGGGCGCUCCGGACCCUCCGCCCGACACGGACACGGAGCAGGAAGCCAAAGACAAACCAGUGAAGCCUUCGGACCGAGGCAAAGACGAGAGCAAGGAACCGGAUCAAGACACAAACGCAGAGGAAGACACCAGCUCGAAGCCCGACAUCACGGACGGAGAGGACGACCAGGACGUGAACGUUGUGGUGUCGAUGGCCGACAACGAGUCAAAGAUCAUGACUCUGAUCAUGGUGACUGUUCCUCUCGUGCUCAUCCUGUGCAUCCUCGUCCUCGUCUACGCCAUCCUCAGGACUCUGAAGAACAAAGAACCGCCGAGGGCCUUGGUGCACUGCAAGCGCUCGCUGCAGGACUGGGUGUGAGGCACAGAGGUGGAGGAGGUGGAACAGGUGUUGAUCAUUUGUGCGGCGCAGUCGCUGGCAUCACAUUUUUACACACGACUGAAAGAGGCUUUGACGCAGUGCUAAAGUCUGACAAAGCUGAGGAAGAGUCACCUUUUUGAAUCCCAUUCAUUGUGAGAACUUGAAAUAAUCCUAAAGUGGUAGAGUUGGUGCCUGUGGACCGACAGUAUACAUUUCCUUCUAGCGGCCUUGAGGUUUUAUUCCUGUACCUCCCUCUGUGCCUUUCAGAUGUCUCACAACAUCUAUUUCUUAGAAAAUCAUCCCUGUUUACAUCACAACUUAAAAUCACCAAAUGUGUUAAAAUGCACAAGACUAAUCAUACAAAGAAGGGACAGUUGUUGUAUUUGUAGUUUAAAUGCAGAAAAAGUCGAUAAUGCACAUACAUUAACCAGAAGCACACACACACACACUGUACAAACACACAAACAUGUGCUUACAGCUAUUAAAACACAAAGUGAACACAUUUACUAAUAAGAACAACUUUUUAUUACAUUUGAAUCAACAAGUUUGACAUUUUCCUUCUGAGAAUUUGCACUUUUCGUUCUGUUUUUUGUUGUUUUUGUUUUAUUGAGGUUGCUUCACUGCAGACAUGAGUGUGUGUGUGUGUGUGUGUUCGUGAAAACUGAGUUUAUCAAACACACACCCACACACACAAACACAAGCAGGAGAAGCUUGUCCUCCGACCUGUGCAGGAAUGUCUGACAGCUGUGUGCGUCCAUGGCUGCCCUUCUCCCACUGAGCCCAUUUUGUCUGCCCUCACACACACACACCAGUAUCACAUGAUCUAAAAAAAAAAAAAACACCUCACUGCACUCAUGUGUGCAUGCAUGUCCACAUGUUCACACACACACACACACACACACACACACACACA